AUGGGUGAUGGCGAUGGCAGACUGCCAGACCAGGACGAGUCCUCCACCAUGCAGGCCGGGGCCGCAGACCGCACCCCAGUCUCAGAGACGACUCUCUUUACAGCGACUAUGAUCACCGGACGCGAUGCAUGGAUCGGGCAAUGGAGAUACGCAAUGGCGACGAAGGCGGCGGCAGCGGCGACAACGGCUGCUGUGGUUCGAUGCCAAAGACGACGCGUGGUGUCUGGUAGUGACAGUGAGCAACUUUAA